GCAAAAUGAACGAAUCGAUAAUAUCAGUCUGCUUAACGGGAAUAUUUACAAAAGAUCAGAUGGAUUAUCGUUUAUUUGGUAAUUUACCUAUUUCAAUAUUAGGAUUGAUAUCAAAUGCCAUCAAUGUAUUCGUAUUUAUGGAUGGCAAGAUGAGAUCAUCUCUCGUAAAUCAUUUUUUAUUUGCUAUCACUGUUUCGGACUUAUUAUUACUUUUAUUUAAUUUUUUUUUCUUGAUAUUCCCCGUCAUAUCCAUUUUAUCCGAUUCAUUUUAUCUUCACUAUUUAUAUCCAAUAAUUCUCAGAUAUAAUUAUCCAUUAGCUCGAAUUGCCCAUACUUGUGGAGUCUAUUUAACUUACAUCGAUUUCUUGCAAUCACCUGUGCAUUGUGCCAUAAUGGGUUCAAUUAUUUUUUCGAUAUUAAUCAAUGCAACCACUUGGCUUGAACUCACCAUUGUUCCUUGUUAUAGUAUUCAAUUUAAACGGAUAUCAAGGCAUAUACAAUUGACUGAAUUACAAAUGGACCAUACAUAUGGGAUUAUUAUGAAAGUUAUCACUUAUACAUUAGUGAUGUUCAUCAUACCUUUUUUUAUACUCAUAAUUGUCAACAGUCGGAUAGUAAUUGCACUACGACGAAGUACUAAUUUACGGCGUUCACAUCUAGCGUCAACUACAUCCAGUAAUGAUGCGUUAAAUUCAGGAUAUCAAUAA